AUGCAGUGGAAUAAUCACAUUGGGUAUGUUGGGUACAUGCCUUCAGAGAAUAAGGAUAUGGCCAAUAGUGGAUCGUCACUCAGGAUCCUCAAUGGGUUGAUCUAUGAUUUAACCACAUAUCUCAACUAUCUGCCUGCUGUCAUUAUGCCUACUGGUACACAAGUGGGCAGAGGUGUCAACACACAAUUCAUGAGUUCCACCAUUGUCAAUCUCAGUUCAAGCUUGCUUGUCCUUUUGGUUCUCAUGGUCUCCAUCAUUGGGUUCAAAUUCAUUGCAUUGAUCAAUUUUGGGGCUGUUCAUGCACCUGAGGACCAUGACAAGUUCAUGAUUUGCCAAGUUCCAUGUUACACUGAAGGCAAGACAUCACUUUGGCAUACAAUCCAUUCAUUGGCUGUGCUCAAGUAUGACAAUAAGCGCAAACUGAUCUUCAUCAUGUGCAAUGGGAACAUUGUCAGAUCUGGCAACAAUUGCCUGACACCAUGUAUUGUGCUUGAUAUUCUCAGUGCUGACCCAAACUUGGACCCUGAACUGCUCAGUUUUCAUAAUAUGGCCAAAGUGUACUCAGGUCUGUACAAGUGUGCUGGACAUGUCAUGCCUUACCUUGUGGUUGUCAAGGUCAGGAAGCUGACAGAGAGGUCACAUCCCAGAAAUUGUGUCAUGCAUUUCUUGAACAAGGUGCAUUACAAUACACUGAUGAAUCCCCUUGAGCUCAAGAUGUAUCACCAGAUCAAGAAUGUCAUCAGCAUCAACCUGACAUUUUAUGAGUAUCUAUUUGCUGUCAAUGCAGAUACAACUGCAGAGCCAUAUGCACUUAACUGCCUCAUGUCUGUAAUGAUUCAUGACAAGAAAGUCCUUGGCAUGUGUGGUGAAACAUCCCUCACCAAUGCCAAACAGUUGAUUGUGACAAUGAUGCAGGUGUACAAGUACUUCAUCUCCCAUCACAUGGCGAAGGCAUUUGAGAGUCUGUUUGGCUUGCUCACUUGCUUGCCCAGUUGUUUCACCUUGUUCCAUCUGUGCACACCAGACACACACAAGCCCCUGCUUGUCUCCAACCAAAUUACCCAAGAUUAUUCCCAGAACCAUAUGCAAUUUAUCAGGGACACUCAUGCUGAGAUGGUCACUCCAGAUGAUUGGAAGGUUCUGCUCUCACAACAUCAUCAUUGGAUCAACUCAACCAUUCAUAAUCUUGGUGAACUCAUGUUCCUGGAUCAGCUUUGUGGUUUCUGUUGCUUCUCCAUGCAUUUCAUUGUCAUGAUGGAUCUCAUAUUGAUGCUGACUCAGCCCAUCACCAUCACAUAUAUUGUCUACUUGAUCAUGUUGGUCAUUUAUGAGCACAGUACCAUCCCCUUCAUCUCCCUUGUCAUGAUUGCUGCUGUGUAUGGUUUGAAAGCCUUGGUGUUCAUUCUGCAUCACAAGUGGGACAUGGACAAAGGCAAGUUUGAUCCUCACUCUAUUCUCCUCAAGACAUGGAAUGACUAUCAUUGGCUCUUGGGUACCCCCCACCCAAUUCUGCAAGGAAGGAUACACAGAGUCUUGUACUGCAUCCCUGUAUGA